AUGACGGACAGCUACAGGCCUGGCCCGGCGGCUGCGAAUGGCACCGGCGCCAAUGGGCCGUCGACGGGAAAGGUCCACAAUUACAUGCACUUUGACGACAUCAAGCAUGCCACGCUGGGCGUCGACUCACUGACGCCCGUCGAGACGGUGCUGGGAUACGCCGAGUCAUGUAUUAAGCAGGCCGACUUCAUGAAGGACUUUGGCCGUCUGGACCUGGCCCUCAAGGAGUACAUAUUGGCCAGCAUCGCCCUUCUCGAAGUGCUACCGAGCAACAGCGCCUGGAUGUCUGUCAUGACCGACCAAAAGGGCGCUCGCACGCGCUACAAUGCUCUCAUGGCCCGCAUCAGUGCCAGCAGUGCCGCAUACGAGGAGAUCAAGGCCAAGGUGAAGGAGGACAAUGUGCGGUCGGGUGUCCAGCCAAAGUCUGCAGCUAAAGCAGCAUCCCAGACGCGGCAGAAUGAGCAGGUCAACGGACAUGGCCGUGUCACCAACGGGCACCGCGCGACUGGCUCGCUCGGACUACUCAAUGGCGACGGGCCGGUGCCGCCACGGCCGAGCGGACCUUCCCCGGCAGUGCCGGUAACGGCGACCAAGACGAAACCCGCGGUCCACCCGAAGCCGCAAGCUCUCCACGGCAACGUAAUCAACAAGUCGGCCCCGCCGGCUGCUGCGAGUGCCAAUGGAGGCGGCAAGACGGCCCAAGAAUUGGCCGAGCGGUUUGCCAAUCUGCGGACGGCCAGCUCCCCGACCAAAGAGCCCGUGCAAGAUCCCCGGAUACGCACACAGCCGAUCAACCAUCCGAGCUUUCACCAUCUCCAGAUCAUGCAGAAGCAGCAAUCUCCGACCCCGUCUCCCUCGCAAAGCCAGUCCUCGCUCCAAUCGCUACCUCAGUCCCAGUCCCUACCCCAACUACAGACGCAGAUGCAGACACAGACGCAGACUCCGACCCCGACCCAAAACCAACAAAACAUCUACAACCAGUUCCAGAACUUCCAGCUCCCCUUGAAAGGCUUUGAGCCCAUACCUUCGACCAUGAACCAAUCCAACAAUCCGACCUUGGUGCACGCACUGCCCGACUUGCCGAAGCUCCCAGAAGCCAUCUACAGCCCGGCCCGUGGCAGCGUGUCCAGCCAGCCGAUCCCAAUGCCCAACACGACUCCGAGAGGAACCACCACGCCCCGUAACGGCCUGUACAGCAGGACGAACUCCUUAUCCUCGUUCUCAGGAACAGGCCCGGGUGCGACGGGUGUGGGUACGGGCAAAGCAGGUGCAUCGACCGCAGAGGACUACUUCUCGUCUCCCUACACCCACUCGCGCCAGUCCUCCCGGCCAAGCCUCGACUCUGCGCCGCCGAGACGGCCCCGUAUUGCCAUCCCCGACGGCGACACGAUCGACGCGGAGGACCUGCUCAAACUGAUCCAGGCUGGUGCUAAGGACGUCCAGCUGCUUCUCGUCGACAUUCGCAGCCGCGAAGAGUUUGACGAGGGCCACAUCAUGUCGCAGGCCACAAUAUGCGUCGAAUCCGACGUGCUGCAGCGCGAGGACAUCUCCGCCAGCCAGAUCGCCGACAGCAUGGUACUGGCCCCUGUCUCAGAGAAGCGGCAAUUCGACCGGCGCAGCGACGCCGAUCUAAUCGUCUUCUACGACAACUACUCGGAGGCCAUCGUCCGCAAUGGCAAGCCGUCGUCGGAAGUCGACCGCGCCGUCUCGGGGUUCUUCGACGCUCUGGCCUACUACGACUACCAAUCUGACAGCGACAGCAGCGGCCAGCCGAAACUACUCAAGGGCGGCAUCGAGGCCUGGAUCUCACUACUGGGGCCGAACUCGCUGCAGACGUCUUCGACCUCAGCCGAGACAGCAGGUGUAGUUAGCCGUGCAGCCGCACUCCGGGCGGCGAGGGCAGCCCAGCGGCCCAGACAGAAUACGUUCACGCGGCCGCAGUCCAAGUACAUGGCCAAGCCGAUCCAAGACGCGGAUGAGGCCAAGCGCUGGGAGGAGAGUCUGAAGAGCAUGGACAAGUCGGCAGGCCUUGUUCGGACCACCGAUGACUUUCUGCGGCGGUUCCCUCCGGUGUCGGCCAUCCAGGAGUCGAUGACGACGCCGCCAGCCACAACACAAGAUGACAGCGAGAUCGGCUUCCACGCACCCACCGCCACCGACAAGUCGUUUACCAUCACGCCGCUGCAAGACCGUCCAUCGUCGCGUGCCACCGUCGGAUCCAAUCUCGAGUACAAGGGUGCCCCGGUCCAGUCGUCCCCGGCGGCUGCAGCCGCCGCAGCUGCAACGCUCUACUCUACCCUCCCUGCGCCACCUACGCGCCCGCCACCCACAGUACCCCGGCAGACACAUAACGAUGUGGCAGAAGCAGACGAUGAGGACCACUACAUGCGCACAAAACUGGCCAAGGCUGGUGUGACGGGGGGCGGCCGCAUCCGGCGGCAAAAGGUCGGCCUCUACAACCCGGGCAACUGGUGCUAUGGAAACAGCUCGUUCCAGUCCAUGUUUGCGUCGGGGCCCUUUGCCGAGGAGCUCACAACGAGCGAGUGGCUGAGCAACUGGAAGGUGCCUAUGAAGGCCGAUGAGAAGAUUAGCCACCCGCAGUUGCUGGCCAAGAUUCUCGCCAACUCGUUCCACUGGAUGCAGUACGGCAAGUUUGAGGCCAUGAAAGCCAAGACACUGAUGGAUUACUGCUACCACAUACACUCGCGCGAUUUCGACGGCAGCAUCAAGACCGACCGAAGCAUGAUCUUCGGCGGGCCCUACCAGCAGGACGCACAAGAGUUCAUCUCGUUCCUGCUUGAGAACCUGCACGACGAAACGAACCGGCUGCGUGACCACACAGGCGAGGUGCAGCAGCCUCCACUCGGCCCGCGCAGUACGGCGCUGGGCAACGCGCUGCUGUACUGGAACGAGUACCGCAAGUACAACGACAGCCUGGUCGACAAGUACUGGCGCGGUGUCGAGGUCACCGACCGCCGCUGCCGCGCCUGUGGCCACCCGUCGCUGACGUACGAGCAUUUUGACGCCAUCCACCUACCCAUCCCACCCAAUGCCGCGUCCACCGCCACCACCAUGGCCGACCUGCUGGCCCAGUACUGCAGCGCCGAUUUGUUGGACGAGUACAAGUGCGACCAAUGCCGGCGCAUCGACACGACCGAGAAGCGCGUACGUCUUGUGCGCCUCCCCGACAUCCUGUGCGUCUCCUUCCGCCGCUUCCAGGGCAACGAGCACUACGGCUUCCGCAAGAACAACACGGCCGUGGUCUUCCCCAUCAACGGCCUCGACAUGACGCCAUACACCAUGCAGGGCAUCACGGCGCCCGAAGACCAGGCGGCCGACGGCAUUUUCGUGGACGGCCCCAGCCGCACCGAACAGCAGUUCUGCGCGCCCUUUAUCUACGACUGCUACGCCGUCAUCGUGCACAGCGGUACUCUCAAGUCAGGCCACUACCGCUCGUUCAUCAAGGACGAGGGCGCGGCCGACGCAAACCAGUGGCACCACUUUGACGAUGCGCGCAUCGAGCCCGUCAUUAUCGGCAGCAACGACAGCCGCGACAUGGCACGGCGCCUCUACCGGGACAACCAGAGCGGUGGCGCAAGCGCCUACAUGGUGUUCUACAAGAGGCGGGUAUAG